AUGUCAGAACCGCAGCAGUAUACUGCAGGCUGGAUCUGCGCAAUAACGACUGAAUAUACCGCAGCACGUCAGUUUCUCGACGAGCAACACGAUCGCCCGGAUCAUGUCUCGGCCAACGACAACAACGACUACACCCUCGGCAAGAUGGCCGGCCACAACGUCGUCAUCGCUGUGUUACCGGACGAUGAGUAUGGACUGAGCAGCGCUACAGCCGUCGCCAAAGACAUGCUCAACAGCUUCCCCAACGUCAGAGUCGGCCUCAUGGUCGGCAUUGGUGGCGGCGCGCCGAGUGCAAAGAACGACAUCCGACUCGGCGGCGUUGUUGUCAGCAGCCGACAAGGCGAGACUGAUGUGAUGCGCACUGCGGUCAGUGGUCUGAAAAGCAAGUAUGAGGACGAUGGACAUCAGAUAGAAGCAAACAUAACGGCGGUGCUCGAUAGGAAGCCUCGGCUGCGAAGGAAGUACGGUCGACCAGAACAGGGGAGCGAUCGUCUCUACAAGUCUGACAUUGUCCAUCCUCAAGGCAGCGAGCAUGGUUGCGAAGAAGUGUGCGGGAGUCAGACUGCCGGCUUAGUCCAACGUCGUGAAAGGGAGAAGGGCGAGGAUAACCCUGUCAUUCAUCAUGGUGUCAUCGCAUCUGCCAACCAGCUGAUGAAAGAUGCUAUAGUUAGGGACACCACAGCAAAAGAGAAGGGCGUGAUGUGCUUCGAGAUGGAGGCAGCUGGGCUGAUGAACCACUUUCCGUGCCUAGUGGUGCGAGGCAUCUGUGACUACUCUGACUCGCACAAGAGCAAGGAGUGGCAGGGCUAUGCAGCAAUGACAGCAGCGGCCUACACCAAGGAUCUCCUCACGAGGAUGGUGCCGAGCAGGGUCGAGCAAGAGGAUAGGAUCAGAAUGAUACUUGCUGAAUUCAACAACGAGUUCAAACGGUUGUGUAAAGAGUCGAAAAUCACGACAGACGUGAUAAAGGGGCAUCUCAAAAGCGAAGAAGCGAGGUAUCUCAACAAAGAACAUCGGAGCUGUCACCAAGUCUUCAAGACCAGCACAUACGAGCAGUUCAAGAACAUCAACCCCGAUCGUGUCGACCAGACCUGCCAGUGGGCCCUGUCUCACCCGUUGUAUCAGCGCUGGAGAGAUAGUGCCACCGAUGACCUGCUCUGGAUCUCGGCAGAUCCUGGCUGCGGCAAGUCGGUCCUCUCCAAGUCGCUAGUGGAUCAAGAGCUUCCCAGUGAUGUGCACGGUAGCACUGUCUGCUACAUCUUCUUCAAGGACAACGUCGAACAGAACAGUCUCGCGACUGGUCUGUGCGCGCUGUUGCACCAGCUCUUCCAGCGUCAGCCACACCUUCUCCGGCACGCUGUCCCGGCGUGGAACAAGGAUGGAAGCAAGUUGCAGCAAGAGACUGAUGAGCUGUGGCGCAUCUUGCUUGCAGCGACAUCUGACGUGGCUGCACGUAACACGAUAUGUGUUCUGGAUGUUCUUGACAAGUGCAGAGACAGAGACCGAAGCGAUCUGAUUGCCAAGCUUGCUCGUUUCCACGAAGACGCCGCGUCUCGGGGCCCUCGUCAGUCGUGGCUCAAGCUCAUCGUCACAAGUCGGCCUUACGACGAUAUCCAGAGAGGGUUUGAGCAGAUAUCGGCAUCUCUGCCUGCUAUACGCCUGCUAGGCGAACAGGGGAACGACCAGAUCCAUGCAGAGAUCAACCGUGUUAUCCACGUCCGUGUGGUACAACUGGCGAAAGAGCUCGGCCUUCGCGAGAGCGCAUCUGUCCGUAUCGAGCAAACUCUGCUGGCGAUGGAGCACGGCACGUACCUCUAG